GCUGCCUUUACGUCAAUUCAGAAACAGUUGGCUACGAUUUGAUCAGAUUUGGCUAAUUAGUAACUGUCACAAGAAGAACUGUCAAUCUUUGUACACAUCUUCGGAUAUUUGUGAAACGCUGCAGUUGCUGUAUGGGGAUUUGGCGCGAAAUCUCAUAAUAGUACCUAAUUAUCACCGACACACCACACACUCGAUCAGAACAAAAUGUCACGCAAUUCCUAGCGACAAAAAUUCUGUCAACCCGACCCCGCAAUGGAAGACGAAGAAAUGCCUCUCGAAGAGAGCGAUUACGAACUCGAGUAUUCCGAAGACAGCACGUCUGAAUCAGACGUCAAUCUAGAAAACCAAUACUAUUGUGCAAAAUCCUUAAAAGAAGAGGACGCCGGGGCAUCCCUGGCGGCCUUCCAACACGUGUUGGAGCUCCAAGGCGACUCGAAAUGCAUUUGGGGCUUCAAGGCCCUGAAGCAAAUGGUGAAAAUCUAUUUCCAGCUGAAAAACUACAAGGAAACCAUGAACAAAUACAAGGAACUUCUCACUUAUGUUAAUACGGCCGUGACAAAAAACCACGCGGAGAAAUCGAUCAACUCGAUUUUAGAUUUCACGUCGACGUCAGACGACAUGGAAAUGCUAAAGAAUUUCUACGAGACGACUCUGGACGCGCUAAAAAACUCGAAAAACGACAGGCUGUGGUUCAAAACUAACACGAAACUAGGAAAAGUUUUCCUUGAGAGAGGCGAGUUUAAUAAACUUUCAUCCAUCAUCAGACAACUGAAACAGGCUUGCGGUUAUUGCGAUUCAGAGAGUGAUUUGCAUAAAGGUACACAACUUCUAGAAGUAUACGCUCUUGAAAUACAGAUGUAUACCGAGUUGAAGAACCACCAACACUUGAAGGAGUUGUACGAGCGGUCUUUGAGAGUGAGGUCGGCGAUACCUCACCCCAUUAUCAUGAGCAUCAUUAGGGAGUGCGGGGGGAAAAUGUAUCUGAGGUCGGGCGAUUACGAGAAGGCCUACACCGAUUUUUUUGAAGCUUUUAAGAACUACGACGAGUCGGGUAACCCACGACGGUUGGCGUGUUUGAAGUAUAUUUUGUUGACGAGCAUGCUCAUGAAGUCUGCUAUUGACCCUUUUGACUCUCAGGAAGCCAAACCGUAUAAGAAUAAGCCGGAAAUUAAAACCAUGACGGAUUUGAUCGCGGCGUACCAGAAUAACAACAUGAAAGAGUUUGAGAAGAUUUUUCAGGAGAACAAGGAGAGUUUGAUGAAGGACCAGUUCAUACAGGAGCACAUCAUCGACUUGUUGAAGAACUUCAGGACUAAAAUUUUGUUGCUGUUGAUAAAACCGUACAAUAAAAUAAAGAUUUCGUUCAUAGGACAGGAGUUGGGGAUAAGCGAAGAGGAGACCGAGAAUUUGAUAGCUUCUUGUAUUUUGGAUAAGAUCAUCGCGGGAAGAAUCGAUCAGCUGAAUAGGGUUCUGAUCAUGAACUCUAAACCCGAGCCUCAGAUUUAUAAGGCGAUGGAGCUGCUAUCAGAUAGGAUCCGCAGUUUAAGUCUAUGUUUGGAGUAGUGCUUAAUUGUGUUGUUAAUGCCAAAAGUCGAAGCGCAAGUUUUUGAGAGGCCAUUGCACCUCUAAAUCUGCAGUGAGUCAUUUUUCUUCCCUCGACUUUAAUAGUUUUAUCAUAAACACAUUUUAUUUAAGUAAUUGUGGAAAAUUUGACC